UUUUCGAAGCGCAUUGUAUUCUGGGAAUUUUUAGUUCGAACUAUUAUGUUGCGUUCAUGCUUAUUAUAGAUACUUUUUGUUAGAUAUAUGAUAAAGUUAGCAUUAUUAUUUCGUACACAAGGUCGCUAAAUGACUGCAGUGGUCAUUUAAAAUCGGUAGUUUCAGCUUUUCAGCGCCGCUGAUUGAAACUCGACUAGAUUGUUUUUUUUGUAUUUGUGUCAGUUCUUUUUAUUUCAGCUCAUCACUCCAGCAUGACUUCGGCCUCCACAAAGGUGGGUGAGAUCUUCUCGGCUGCAGGCUCGGCAUUCUCUAAACUAGGCGAACUGACCAUGCAGCUGCAUCCAGUGGCGGACUCUUCUCCUGCAGGAGCCAAAUGGACCGACACGGAGAUUGAGAUGCUGCGAUCUGCAGUUCGCCGCUUCGGUGAAGAUUUGAACAGCAUCAGCUCAGUCAUAAAGGAGCGUACAGUUGCCCAGAUUAAGACCACAGUAAAGAGGAAGCUGUAUGAGGACAGCAGGGUUCCUCUCACUGCAGAGUCACCUAAAAAAACGAUGAAGAAAACCACAGUGACGCUGGCACUGCCUCCUGCAUCAGUGGCCCCCACAGGGAUCACUGUUCCGACCACGCAGGUUGUCGUCACAACUGGAUUGCAGAGUUCUUCAUCUUUACAACCAGUAAUAAAAAACCCUAAACCAGCAGAUGUGACUCUGAGUGCUCUCAAUGACUCCGAUGUGAACAGUGAUUUGGUGGAUAUUGAGGGGCUUGGAGAGGGCUCCACUAAAAAACCGAACUUCGACCAAGAGAGCUUGAAUUUGGACUCCAGUCUAAUAAUGAACUCCAGUGAUUUGCCCCUGCUGUCCCGCUGAUUUUCAUUGGUCAGUCAAAGUGAUAUUCAGGGCAACAGGGACAAAGAUUAUUAAGGACAACACAUGUAAAGAUUCUGCAGUUUGAUCGUGAGAUAUACAGAAUAGGGAAAGCAGCAGUUGGCACCUUAUACCUUUUCCACUGUGGGUCCAAAUAGCGCCAGACCAAAUCUCUACUACAUCACCAACCAUUCUCUACCCAUUUCAGUGAAGAAGUAUGAGUAUAAAAGUAGGGUUUUUUUUUAUCUAAUGGAAAGGAAUCUAAUGGAAGAUGGAAAAUGUUUUUUUGUAGUUCAUGUUGCGUGAUCUGCUUUACCCGCAGUUGAAAAAGGGUUUACAGGACAGUGGUGUCAAACUACUUUUUUUGUAUUUUAAUAGGCCCUUUUUACUUAAGUAAAUCUUUGUGAAGUGACAUAAGAUGCUGACUGUAAUGGAAAAGUUGCAGCAUGCAAUCAAAAAUAGAAUUGUACCAUUUUUUUCACGGUCACUGUAUGCUAGGUGCAGCUUCUAUUGUAUGUAUAUAUUAUUUUAACAUUAUUAAAUGGGUCAUUUCAACAG